AUGAGGAGGCAGAAGCGCUAUACUGCACAGGAGGCUUGUGAGGUAAUUUUGAACUAUGAUGUGGAAAAGAAUAACCAGGAGGACAAUGCUGAACAUAAUGAGGAGGAAGAAUCAACUGAUGAGGAAGAUUCAGGGUCAGAAGAGGCGGAAAAUAAUGAUGAGGUGAUGGAUCCAACCUACAGACCACAUGCUACUACUUCCUCUGAAGAAGCCCCCACAUCGCCCACUGAAAUCGAAGAAGGGCAGGAAAAUGAUGACCAUGAUGAGGUAGAAUCUGAAGCUGAAAUGGAAGAAGUGUCAGAAGUGGAGAACUGCACUUAUUAUGAUGAAGAGGAAGAAUCAACUGAUGAGGAGGAAUCUGAAGCUGAAAUGGAAGAAGUGUCAGAAGUGGAGGACUGCACUUAUGAUGAAGAGGAAGAAUCAACUGAUGAGGAGGAAUCUGAAGCUGAAAUGGAAGAAGUGUCAGAAGUGGAGGACUGCAAUUAUCAUGAUGAAGAGGAAGAAUCAACUGAUGAGGAGGAAUCUGAGGAAGAGGACCCAGCUGCGAUAGAAGAAUAUUUCCAGUCAAAGGAUGAAAAAAUGAUCUGGUCUUCCAUCCCUCCCAGUGACAGACGACGCAUGUUGACAGUCGAGAGAGCAGAGAGAGAGACAAGCCACCAUGGUCCAACCGCAUAUGCAAGGUCUCGUAUUGAUGACAUAAAGUCCACUUUUGACCUGUUUCUGCCCAAGCCUAUUGAAGAGGUGGUGCUGAACAUGACAAACAAGGAGGGGCGACGUGUGUAUGGCAACAAGUGGAGAAAGAUGGAUCGAAUGGACCUGCAGGCAUAUGUGGGUUUGUUGAUUCUCGCUGGCGUGUACCGAUCCAGUAAAGAAGCUACAUCUAGUUUAUGGCAUGCCGAGUCUGGUAGGGCAAUUUUCCGUGCUACCAUGACACUCAAGAUGUUUCAUAAAAUCUCAAGAGUGAUUCGAUUUGAUGAUAAAGACACAAGAGAAGACCGCCGUGCACGAGACAAAGUUGCUCACAUUCGAGACGUAUGGGAUAAGUGGGUGUCUCUCCUGCCAUUGAUGUACAAUCCAGGCACAAAUGUGACUGUGGAUGAGCGCCUGGUCCCCUUCAAAGGUCGCUGUCCAUUCAAACAGUACAUCCCGAGUAAACCAGGGAAAUAUGGGAUCAAAAUAUGGGCAGCAUGCGAUGCCAGGUCCAGCUAUGCAUGGAACAUGCAAAUAUACACUGGCAAACCUGCUGGUGCGCAGUCAGAAAAAAAUCAGGGCAUGCGAGUUGUCCUUGACAUGACAGGAGGUCUCCAGGGGAAAACGAUCACCUGUGACAACUUCUUCACUUCACAUGCCCUUGGCCUGCAGCUGCUGAAAAGAAAGCUGUACAUGGUGGGAACAGUAAGGAGGAAUAAGCCUGAGCUUCCCCCUGCACUGGUGUCAAAAACGGACAGGGCUCUGUUCUCAUCGAAGUUUGCCUUCACCGAGACCCAUGCUCUGGUGUCCUAUCACCCCAAAAAACAGAGAAAUGUUCUUCUGAUGAGCACUCUGCAUCGGGAUGCUGCUGUGAGCAACAGGGAUGACAAAAGGCCGAAAAUCAUCGAAGAUUACAAUCACAACAAAGGGGGUGUCGAUAACCUUGACAAGGUAAUGCACAUUUAUUAUUCAUAAUAUUUAUAAUAUUAUAUAUGGAAAGGAUAAUGCAUUGAAUUUGUAUGUAGGAAAAUAAACCUACAUUUCUGAAUAUUUUUUGGUUUGUUUCUUUUGUUUCAGGUUACCAGUGUGUACACGUGCAAAAG